AUGGAGCAUCCUAUCGAGUUCAACACCAGUGUUCUUGCAAACAAACGCAGUCGGCUUGAUGAUGACGAAGAGGGGGUGGAAGGCGUGGACGGUCUUGAGCUGGGCAUAUCAGCAUUGAAAAUGGGAGAUACCGAUGGGGUCCCCCCGUUUUUGUGCCAGUCGCCACAAGAAAUUCACAAAAAAUUCGACGAAGUCGAAGAGAUCCAAAGAGCACGAGUCAACGAAGGCACCAUGACGCAGGAUCCGUCGCAUCGCUGGGCGUUGGAGAAUGACACAGAGGUCAAGGCAAGAAAUCGAUACUUAAAUGUGCAGGCGUGGGCAAAUUUUCGCAUCCAUCUGCGGGUGCCCGAUGGCAAGUGCGACUUCAUCAAUGCGUCGCCGAUCGUGUUGGGGGAUUUGCUCUCCCAGGAGGAACGCAGAUAUAUUGCCACCCAGGGCCCGAAACUCGGAAAUAUCACACACUUCUGGCAGAUGGUUUUUCAUGAAACCAAGGACGUUGGCGUGGUCGUCAUGCUCACCCAGACCUUCGAGUCUGGUCGGGAAAAGUGCUCCCAGUAUUUCCCUCUCAGCAGCCAGAAUCCCACCAUGGUUCUGCGUGAAGAAAAAAGCGACCAUUCUGCGAACGACGCUUCCGAGGAGGACAUGGAUGACGGGGUGCUGGGACAUGUCACAUUAUUAGAAACAGUGGUCGAUGUUCAAUCACGCUCAGAAGUUCGCAAAAUGCAGCUCACAUUCGGAUCCGAGUCAAAGAUUGUCUGGCACUUCCUCUUCCCCGAAUGGGCGGAUUACACCAAACCCGAGGGCGAGGUUCGCGACGCCCUGCUCCAUCUGAUUACGCUAUCGACGUCCAAGUGCUCGCCGGAUAACCCGCUGAUUGUGCACUGCAGUGCAGGGGUCGGUCGCACAGGCGUGUUUAUCGCGCUCGAUCAUCUCUUGCAGGAGCUUGAGUCGGGACAAUUGCUCCGAGUGACUGGUGAUGUGGACCCCGUCUUCGAGACCGUCAACCAGAUGCGCGAGCAACGCAUGAUGAUGGUGUACAAUGAGAUGCAGUUUCAUUUUAUCUACGAGGUGCUCCGCGAGAAGGUGGAUUUGAAGCUGGGAAAGACCUCGAAGUUCAAGGAGCGACGGUCAGAUGAGCGAUCAACAAAAAUGGCCAAGAUGUCGGGUGAUUUUCUACCCUCGUCCAAGGCCGACCUGGAAUCUGUUCCAUGA